UUUGACAAUCUCAAUAUGGCGCGAUGUGACGUAGAAUUGCGCAAGCCCACUGUGGUUUGUGCAUAGACCCCGCCCACCGUGAUCUGCACACCAUCCUCCAUUGUUUUAACGACAGCCGCUGUUCUGACGAUUUGUGCUUCCUUCUAGAAAAUGCCUCACAGGAAACAUAAGUGUUCUGUUGUGGACUGUAAUACUGUAGAUAGUUGUUUUCACUUACUUCCGACAUCAGAGACACUGAAAAAGCAGUGGAUGGAUUUUAUUUAUGAAGGAAAGGCGCCUCGUACACUUCCAAAGUACGUUUACGUUUGCUCAAAUCAUUUUGAGAGUGACUGUUUUUUGAACGAGGGUCAAUUCAAAGCAGGCCUUGCUUCAAAGUUGAUCCUCAAGUAUGGAUCGUUGCCUACUGUUCGAGAUCCAACGUCAUCUCCUGAAGAAACAAGACAUCAAAAUUACUACGUUUAUAUAAAGGCCAGCACAUCCACACGAAGCUUUAGGGAUAUGGGCGUGCAGACAGAAGAAACAUCACAGCUGUGCAGUGUUGAUACACAGAGGACGCCUCAAACACACCACAGGAGUAUCAGUGUCCAGACAGAGACAACAUGGUCAAAUUGUGAUGUUACCACAAAAUUAGUUUCUCAUACAGCUGUUCCCCUCAAAACUUCAUCAAAGAGACCUUGUCUGGACCUUGAGGAAGAUGAAGAUAUCCCACAGGAAUGCUCUUCAAUACCAACAGCACAAGAGACUGAUGUUGAUGUGACAUCAACAACAGAGCUAAAAGACUUGUCAUCUCAAGCAUCCAGCCCUAUUCAAAAAAUCAGUAAAUAUAUUGUCUAUGAGACAUGCAUCAUGGAACUGUUUGAGAUGUGCCCGGUAUGUCAUAGGAGCUGUCAAAUAAGAUCACAGAGGAUUGGCACUUUUCUUCGUGUUGAACAACUCUGCCACCAUUGUCAGUUCACACGGAAAUGGAGCAGUCAGCCGAUUUUGGGCAGUACUCCAGCUGGAAACCUUCACCUUUCUGCUGCUGUGUAUCUCAGUGGUGCUUCAUUUGUGACCAUUGAAAAGAUAUUUGCAGCCAUGAAGUUACAUCUUUUCAAGUACGACACCUUUCGUCGUCAUGCACAAAUGUGCAUUGAGCCUGCUAUUGUUCACAAAUGGAGAAACUGGCAGGAUGGGAUGCUACAGCUAUUGGCUCAAAGGGAAAAGGUCAUUGUUGCAGGAGAUAUGAGGGCUGACUCAACAGGGCACUCUGCCAAAUAUGGCUGUUACACAAUGAUGGACAUGGAAACGAACACCGUUGUUGAUGUACAACUCGUCCAGAGUAAUGAAGUGGGAGGAAGUUACCACAUGGAAAAGGAAGGUUUGAAGAGAGGUCUUGACCUUUUAGAUACUCGUGGUGUGACUCUGGACUGCAUUGUGACUGACCGACAUCCGCAAAUACAGAAAUUCCUCAGGGAACGCAAUGUCAACCAAUUCUAUGAUGUCUGGCACAUAGAGAAAGAAAUUUCAAAGCAGCUGGAAAAAGUGUGCAAGUUGAAGGGUUGUGAGGAAAUGCGUAAAUGGUUGCAUAGUAUAAAAAACCACAUCUAUUGGACUGCUGCAUCAUCAAGCAGUGGACCUGAGAGAGUGGCUAAAUGGACGUCUAUGCUAAACCAUAUGCAAAAUAAGCACACACAUGAAGACAGCAAUUUUCCAGCAUGUCUACAUGGAGCAAGCAGAAGUCGAGACACAAAAAAGUGGCUAGCUGCUGGAACACUGCCAUAUUUCAAGUUGGAGAAAGUUCUCUCCAACAAGAGAGUUUUGAAGGAUGUUGCCAAGCUAAGUCCACACUACCAGACUUCUUCUAGCAAGGUUUUCCACAGUGUAAUACUACGGUUUACACCAAAAAAUGUGGUAUUUCCAUUUCUGGGAAUGUUGUGCAGACUAUACCUGGCUGCACUACAUUACAAUGAGAAUGCCGAGCGUCCUCAAGCCACAACAGCGGUGUUCAAAGGGACCUUUCCAGAGGCAAAGGUGGGAGAAAACCGGGUCAGAGAAGUGAAGACACAGUCAACCUUCAGAUAUGUGGAUGACCUGCUGGACCUCAUAUUUGAUAAAGUCUUUGUGGAUCCUGCACCGUAUGUGGAUGAUGUUUUGAGGAUACCAAUACCACCAGCAUUGUGUGCAGAGUAGGAGGCCAUAUCUAGUAGGGUAUCUCGGUUUAAUCAAUAGGUGGUCGAAAACCUACAUAACUGCCCUGGGCAUCAGGAAACUCUUUGAAUCCUCAGGACCACACAGGCUGGAAUCACAACUCGAAUUUUUCGUCCAAGGAAACCCCAGCACCAGCUCACAAAAC